AUGUUUACAGAUCUACCUACCCAGGUAACAGCUUAUGCAUGUUUAUUGAAAUCUACAGUGAUGCAUUGACUGCGUGGAGAUCAUUCUGAAUAAAAGAAGAUACACCUCAAGAGACACCAGGUCAGCUAAAUGUUGUCCAGACUGCUGCAGCGUCUGUAAGGUUGAAAGAGCAUCAAGACAGUGAUGUUGACAUUCCACAUAAAGCAGAUACAGUGUGAGGAAAUCUAAAAUCUGCUGAUUACAGGUCUGCAGUUUGGGAAAAUGUGCAAUAAUACCUCAAGCUAGUUUUAAUAUGAUAAAGAAAGAGUUCUGUGCACUACCUGUCAUGUUUCCAUCAAAUGCAGUAACUUGUUUGAAAUCACAAAUGCACAAAAGUGGCGAGUCACUCGUAGUGUAUAUCAUCCUUGAAUCUAAAAAGAAAAGAGAAAAGGUCAUGUAGAUAUUUCCAUCAUUUCUUUACACUGCUUUCCAUUCUAGGGACCUAAGAGAUCAACUUUUGCACAUCAUUUUUAUACAAAAAGUUUUCCCUAUCUUUCUGUACCAGGGACCGUGGCCAGUUGAACGACUGUAGAUAGAGCGACAGUGUGUAUCGAUGUUUUCUUUAUGAACUAUCAUAGUGAUUUAUGAAGGAAAAUAUCAGUUUAUCGUUAUUGUGUUGGACAUAUUUCAAUAUUUUUCUUGUGAUGGUUAUAAAAUAAUGUGAAAAGUUUUUAUGAUCUUUAGAAUCUUUAAAAUCUAGUUAAUUUACUUAGGAGCUGGUGAAAUGUUGAUUUAUUAUUUUUUAAAGAGUGAACACAAAAUGUGAAUAUUAUUGUCUCUUUAAAUGGCUAAAUUGAACUUUAUUGUUGUUUUGUGUCACUAUGACAUGUACAUAUUGAUUUUGUCAGAAGGUGCAGGUGAGGUUGGUCUCGCAGCAGUAUCAAGACAUGCUGAUGCCGUCAGACGCCUCCAGUGAUUUAUCAUGUGGUUCUGUAGGUUUAUAGCUGUGUUAUGGAGGCUGUAUAUACAGCACAGAGAUUUACAUUUGUAGUAUUAGUAUGUUUAACACUCAUAAUACUGUUGAAAUUCAUGGGAAGUGUUUCAGUUUGGUUUGAAUGUUCAAUGUGGCAUCCAUGAAUUAUUGGUGGGAUCACUGACACGCUAAUGCACAAAGAUAUACUCGAAAGUCCUGGUCCUUCGAGCCUUCUGCAGAGUCAGACGUUUCAUUUUAUCUCGAUGUGUCCAGCACAAAGAUGCCAGUAGUACUGUGCACUAAAUUCUCAUGCAUUAUGAUCUUUUUGGCAUGCAAAGUUCCUGUGAUUUAACUGAGCAUGCUUAGUUUUACUUCACUGUUAAAAAGGUGCACUGAGGCUAGUCAUUGUUUGUUUUCUAAUAGUCAUUCCUGAAUUUAAAAUUUUGACCUGAUAAAAAAGUCUGGGGUCAGGGGUGGAUCCAGAGGCUGGUUAAAGGUGGCAGCCUCCCUAAUUCUUACUGGCCACCCCAAAUCCUUUACAUUUUACUGUCGGAGAGAGUUUGGCUGAAAAAUGCUCAUAUGUGGCUACUUUGUGAUGAUUUACUUUUGCAAGUCUAGUAUACACAAGAACAUAACGAGAAAGAGCGAAUCAAUGUAAUUUAUUUGUUCCAGUGUCCGCAGUCAAGGUUGUCUGGCUCCACCCCUGGCAAAGAUACCACAUCUGGAUAGAACUAACCAGAAAUCAGCCCAAUAGUUGCUAAAAUAUGCCAGGCAGAACCAAGUCACUUGAUUAACCAACAUCCUGACACUUCUACACUUUUCUGGUCCAAGUGUCGCACCUCUAUCAAACUAAAGUCCAAAAAUGUGACCAAACAAAGUGACAAAAGCACAGUUUAAAAAAAAAAAGCUGACUGAAGCUCUUAUAAAUAAUCGUUUAAGGCCUUGAAACCUUAAUUAUAUGACAUCUUGGUGGUUAGUUGGACACUUGAAACCUGUCAACUUUUAUAUGUCCAGUCUUUCAUUGUUUUGCUUGUUGUUAUUUUCUGUUUCCUUGUUAAGCACUUUAGGCUGCAAGCUUAUAUGUUUAACAGUCACAAUAUUAAUAGAGUUGAAUUAAAGCUGCUAAUCACUGAGGCUAAAGACAUGAUAGAACCAAAAUUGAAAGUAAUUCAGGAAAAUUCCCACCUGGUUUGAGGAAGAGAUUUGUUUUCUUGCUGUUUUUUUUCUCUCUCAGAGUUUAGAAUAAAAAAAGCCAAAAUAACAGGGUUGGCAGGGUUAAGUGCCUGCUUUGUUUGUGCUGGACAUGUGGAGAUAAAACUGAUGUUUAUCUUUUUUUUUGAUUGACUCUGAAGAAGACAGAAAAAAUGAUUCAAAUAAAAGUCUGUUUGUUGAAAACAGUUGGAAUGAAAAGUGAAUUCAAACCCCCACAAUGUUUGUUUCCACUUUUAUUUCUCCUUUCAACUGUGACUCAAGCAGUCUGAAUAAUGGAUGACGAAGAAAGAGUUUUUUUCCCCUCUCACCCAGCCCCCUCUUCACUCUCUUUACUUACGUUACACAAGGACACAGAGAGCUGAAAAUAGUGCUGCUGUCCUCAUGUGAUGUGAAAUUAAAAGCACACUGGAGCGGAGACACUUGCUGCUGGGGAACUCUACACUGGUUUUAGCCCAUCUGACAAUCCCUCCAUCCAGUCUGCAACACCACCUCCAUGUGUCUGUGCAAGGGUACUUUUCACAACAGCAAGCUCUUUGGAAUAUGAUGAUGUAUAUGUGAUUGUAAUAAAGAGAUUUUAAUUAGCUAUGACAAAGUGGUUCGAUGUUGUCAUUCAUUCACUAACAGCAUGUUUUGGCUCUGUUUUUUUUUAAAGUCUGGAUGUUUCAAUAACAAUGUAGUACGCCUUAGGCUGGAGGGGAUGAUGCACAUUAAGUGGGUUAUUACAGAGGGCUGGGAUCCCAGAAGACCAGGGCUGUUUACUUAAGAAAUGUUUAAUUCUUAAUAAAUAUCGACUAGGAAAUAUGUUCUCAUAAAAAUAUUUGUUUGCUUGUGCCAGUUUCCACGAUUGGAGCUGUGUCCAUGGUAGCACUGAACUCUAUGCAAAUGCGCCAACAUAGCUGUUUCCCACCUACUAUUUUUUACAAAGAGACAAAUUUUUCAAAUCAGUUAUCAACUGGUCCAAAUGUAAGAAAGACAGAAAAAGAGGUUUCUGUGAAUGAUUAAAAAAACUGCAAUUUGUGAUGCAGACAACACUACAGAGAUGUCACCAUGGAGCAAGUGUGAUCUUCAGUCAAGUAUAUUUUUUUUUAAUCUGAAUUUGGCUGCACUUUAGAGCUUAAAUCAGUCUCAGCUCUCCAGGGGAAGCGUCCGUUUGGACCCUGACUAAGUUGACUGCUGCACACAGCGCCGACUUGCAGCCAAAGUAGUCGGCAAGUCAACUGGUUAUAAAACUGCAGAGUUCUUACUCGCGUUAAAUUAAAAUUUUAAUGAAAACUAAGUAAAAUGCGUUUUUUGCUCUAACUGAUGGCAAAUGCUUCUGCGGCAAGGGACACGCGGCUCGGCAGGGUGAAAAUAUACUGAUAUCAGCACAAGACGGCAAUUAAACACAAAUGUUAUAUUCAGCAACCCACCAGACGUUGAUUAACGUGGACGCUCUUCAACCUUCCUGUCUCCAGCCGGUCUUCAGUGGGUGUUCUGAGACAGGCUGUUACCUGUGAAACAGGGGUGCUCUGAAAACAUCCCCAUUAGCACUUGGUACGUUCCACCUGAUGACAUUACCCAUAGACUGUAAAUUAACACGGAGUCAACCAAUCAGAAUUUUGGUCGACUAAGCACGCAUCGUCCAACAAGUCAACCAGUUGACUGGUACUUUGCAGCCUGUAACUAAGGUCAAAAUCAGAAGAUAGACUCCUCAAGCUAGUAAAGCUCUAAGGGACUGUUUUGAAUCAACAGACUGGAAUGUGCUGCUGGAAACACAAGAGGACAGUAAGAACAUUGACGGACAGGUUGGCUGCUUUACUGAAUCAACUUCUGUAGAGACACAGUUACACCCACAAAGACUGUUCGCUGUUUCCCCAACAACAAACCCUGAAUCACAAGUGACAUAAAAGCAAUCCUUAACCAGAAAAAGAAAGCUUUUAAAGAUGGUGACAAAGAACGACUCAAACAAGUGCAACAAGAGUUGAAGAGGAGACUGAAGAUGGCAAAGCUGGAGUACAAAAGAAGAUAGAGAAGAAUCUACAACACAGCAACAUCCGUGAAGUGUGGAGAGGAAUCAGUACCAUCUCUGGACACAGCAGUGAAAAAAAAAGACAGCCAGUGGUGGGUGAUGUGGAAAGAGCUGAUGAACUCAACCUGUUCUUCAACAGAUUUGACACUGCUGUCACACCCACUUCCACUGCUACUCCACCUUCCUCUCAGCAACAAAUCUCCACUACAUCUUCUGCCCUUCCUCCUCCAUUUUGUUCAAAUGUCUGAACCACUUCAACUGCCUCCCUCCUAGAACACCAGCCCUUGUCCAUCACAGAAACAGGGGUGAGGUUGGAGCUUGGAAGACUUUGUCCUGGGAAGGCAGUUGGUCCAGAUGGUGUGUGUCCUAGGCUGCUUAGAGACUGUGCUGCAGAACUGUGUCAACCUCUCCACCAGACCUUCAACCUGAGGCUGUUUCUACGUGGCAUGUAUCAGAUAUCACUAAAACUGCCUCCUCCUCAACACCUCAAAGAUAAAAAGAUGGUUAUAGACUUCUGUAGAUCCAAACCCCCUCUUCAGCCAGUGAACACCUGUGGAGCGGACAUUGAAGUGGUGACAUCAUAUAAAUACCUAGGUGUACAUCUGGAUAAUAAGUUGGACUAGUCUAAGAAUAUAGACUUCAUCUACAGAAAGGGGCAGAGCUGUCUCUUUUGCCUGAGAAGACUCUGAUCAAUAGACAUCUGUAGUAAGAUGCUGCAGAUGUUUGUCUGUGGUGUCUACAGUGUUCUGUUCUACGCCGCAGUCUGCUGGGGAGGCAGUAUCAAACACAAAGAACACAAAGAUGCAAGACAUCUGAACAAACUGGUGAAAAAGGCUGGCUCUGUGGUUGGAUUCAAGCUGGACUCAGUAGAGGAUGUGAUGGAGAGAUCUACACUGAGGAAGGUGGAGACUAUUCUAAAGAACAUGGAUCACCCACUUCACAACACCUUAAUGUACCAAAGGGCCAAUGGUGGUGGACAGCUCCUCUCUGUUGUUUGACAACAGCAAGAUUUAAAUUUAGACAAGAGCUCAUUUCCACUGAUAAGUGUAAGUAGAGUUUAUAACUCUGGAUAAUAGCAUUUCUAGAGAGAAUUAACUUUGAGUUUGCCAAAAGUUUUAAACAUUUUUGAGUGUGUGCGCAGUCAAAAUCAUUGAUCCCAGCGUCAUAAGUAGAUCUGCUCUCUCUACAGGGUCAACACUUUCCCAGCCUGAAGUGGUGACCAACCAGAUCACCAUCUGGUCCCCUGGGAUCUAACCAUUGCUCUAAUGCCAGUAAAACCAUUUGGCGUGUGUCAUCUUUCAUUGUGCCAACCAGCUCUCUGAUUGGCUGAGACUGUGAGAAACUUCUUCCUGACCAAGACCCACACAUUCAUAUGGAGAUGUUGGACUAUAAAUAGGAGGGAUGAAGCCAGCAGAGAUCAGAUUCUCUCUAAGAGGCGCCUACAAUCACUGCAGCAAUAACUAACUCUCAGGAGCAUCUCACUCUGACUCAGGGUAAAUUUAUGACUCAACAAAACUAAAAAAAAAAAACUGAAACUGAUCAUCCUUUGUUGUUCUAAACUCCCCUUUAAGAAUGAAUGUACUGAUCUUGUUUGUUCUUGUUUUAUCAGCUGAGAAAGCCUCUGGCCGAGAAGCUUUGCAGAGAGCGAAUCAACAGCAGCAUUGAGCAGCUCAAGUCUCUCCUGGGUCCAGAGUUCCUCAAACAGCAGCCAGACUCCAAGCUGGAGAAAGCAGACAUCCUGGGGAUGACAGUUUGUGUCCUCAGACGACUCAAGCAGAAGAACCAAGCUCUGGACUCAGCAGCUGUCAAUCAGGGCUACUCCAGGUGUGUCCGAGAGGUGACACACUUCCUGUCCAGAGAGCAGGUCAACAUGAAGUCCCAGAUGAGAGUGCUGAACCACUUCAACAAGCUGCAGUCUUCCCCUGAGAAGAACCUGGGAGAGGCUGACUUGUGUCCUCUGAGCUUCACAGUCCAGACCAGCAUGACCAAAGAGAGGAGUCCAGUCAACAGCGCCCUCUGGAGGCCAUGGUAG